AUGGGCCCAGGAGGGCGCGGAGGCUCUAGGCGGCGGAAAGGUGGAGUGCGGAGGACAGGGCUCACAGACCGGAAGUCGCUCAGUGAUAGCUUGCGGGCACCCAGACUCCAGCUAGGCCGCGAGGGCAGCAGCGAGUCGGACGCCAGGCAGGCUCGACCCAGAUCCCGGCCGCUUCCCACUCGGCUCUUCUCGGGCUGCCGGUCGUGCGAGGGCGCUCGCGUCCAUAUCCGCGCACAGCGGCGCCCCCUGUCCGAGCUGACCGCCGCCGCCGCCGGCCCCGCGCACGCGGCCGCGCUCCACUCCACCGCCCCGGCCUUCUGGAUCGCGCCGUGGCCCGGCCCAGGGUGGGGCGCGAGGAGCAGAGCCGACCGCCGCCAGCGCCUCGCGGUCCGGAGAAUGCACAGUAAGAAGGGGGGACCCAAAGCUGCAGCUGGGAAGUGGCAGACGCUCCACCCUGGGCCCAAGCCGAGAGCCACUGAUGGGAAGCCCGGUGAGAACCGCCCGCCGCAGAGGAAAGCGGGCCGGCAGGCAAGGGAGCCGGCGCCGGCUGAGAGCCCACAGGCCCCUCCAGGGGCUGCCGAGGACCGAGCGGAGGACCGAGCGGCCAGAGCGAUCCAGGGCGCCUUCCGGCAGCUCCGGGCCAGGAGGGAGCUCGCCCGCCGCCGGGAGGAGCGCCGGGAGUACCUGGAGCAGAUGGAGAAGCUGCAGAGGGAGGCCUACCUGGCCCUGGUGCGCCGGGAGCAGGAGGCCGCGCGGCGGCAGCGCGAGCAGGAGGAGGCGGCGCAGCGGGAGCGGCGGGAGGAGCUGCAGCGUCGCCGCCGCCUGCUGGACGCCGCCUUCGACGGGGACGUGGGCGAGAUCCGAGCGGUGCUGAAGGAGGUGGAGCAGCUUCUGACCCGCGAGGGCGUGGGCCAUGACGAGGCAGGCAAGGCGCGGCGGCUGCAGCGACGCGUGGCUCUGGUGGAGUGCGAGGACAGCCACGGGAACACGCCGCUGUCCGAGGCGGCCGCGGGCGGUCAGCCCCUGGCCAUCCAGCUGCUGGCCGAGCUCGGCGCCAGCCCCAACAGCAAGGGCGCUUUCGGUCGGACGCCACUGUACCGCGCAGCCUUUGGGGGCCACCUGGCAGCUGUGGAGGUGCUUCUGAAGCUCGGAGCAGACCCCCGGGUGUACGCAGAGGACGGGAACACCCCUGAGCAGGUGUGGGCCCAGGAGGUGUGGGCCAGACAGGUGGCCUCGCUGGACACCGUGGCGAGCGUGCUGCACUCGUGGGACCUGAGCCUCACGGAGGCCAUGCUCCAGAACAUGGAGGCAGAGCAGCAGCGCCGGGCCCAGGAGGCCCAGAGGCACAAGGAGGCUGAGGCCAAGCGCAUGACCCUCAAGGUCCAACAGCUGGCCAGGGAGCAGCAGCAGUGUCACAAGGAGGCCAUCAAGGACGCAGAGGUCCAGGUGGACAGGCUGCGGCAGGAGGCCCAGAAGGCCGAGGCGGCGCUGGCUAUGGCCAGGCUGGAGCUGCGGGAGCAGACGCAGGAGGGGGAGGAGGAGGCGCCCGGGCUGAAGUGCCAGGUCACCGAGCUGCACGACGUGCUGAUGAAAGAUGUGGGCAACCGCAUUCGCGCCGAUGGCCGGUGGCCUCUUGUCAUUGACCCUUCGGGCCAGGCAGCCACCUUCCUGCGCUACCAGGACACCAACUAUGUGGACACAGUGAACCCGGAGCACCUGAAGCCGGAGAGGCUGCGGCUGGCUCUCCUGGGGGCUCUGCGGUAUGGGAAGCCGCUGGUGUUCGACCUGCGUGAGGUAGACCUGUUCCCAGCCGUGCAGCGGCAGCUGGAGGCGGUGCAGCCUGGCCUGGCGCAGGCACUGCUGAGCCGCGGCCUGCUGGAGCAGGAGAGGUACCUGUCGCUGCUGCGGCCCACGGAUGGGCCAGAGUGUAGCCCCACGCAGUUCCAGGAGCAGCGCCUGGAGCACUUCCGCCUCUUUUUCGUCACCAAGGUCCAGUGGCCGCCAGCCGAGCAGCUGCAGGUGCUGCUCCCGGUGCGUGUGCAGCUGCCGGGCACAGGCCUCUAG